AUGGAUUCAGAUGACGAUCCCGAGUAUCGUCCCGCAAGCAGUGAAUCCGACGCUCAGCCUCCUCAACCUCCGUCCCUACCGUCGUCUCGACUCGGGGAGAGUAUACGCAAGCGCCGUCUCAAGACAGCAGAACCAUCCCCUACAGUAUCGCUACCUAAGCGACAAAAGGGAGUCUUCAACCCCCAGUAUCUCAACAUUCUUAACGAGGAAAUUGGCGAUGCCGCAGCGGGUAUCAUCCGAGACGAACCUCUGGACCUAGGGCCGGCCCAGAUCGGCAUCGUGUCGUGGACUCCUUCCGAGAAGCACGUCUUCUUCUCGGCUCUGGCGCGAUUAGGGCGUGAUGACAUUGCUAGCAUCGCGGCGAGGGUCGGCACUAAGAGCCCUCUCGAAGUCCAGCAGUACUUGGUGCUGCUUGAUGAGGCAGAGCGUACUCGCCGCGAGCAUGACGGUAAGAGACAGCGGGCGUUACGCCCUGUCGAUGUACCUUCCGCGACAGAACUCAGUACGGAAUUGUGUGCGGCCUUGGAGCAGGCGGCGGAUGGUAUCGCGCUACGAUGCGAGAGGCACGAGAUAGCGCUAGAGCAGAAGCGCUGGCAGGGUCGGUGGCUAAUUACGGCGCAACUAGCACGGCUGCUCGAAAGCCAGCAGCGUGCCAACAGCAGCCGUAGCAAUAACAACGGCAAUAGUGCGACGGCAGAGACAAAAGACCUUCCUCCAUUUGCAGAGCUUUUCAUCCUGCGCAACUGGCUACGGCUCUCAGAGCGCGUCUUCAUGAACUCAUCCGUGGUCCCGGACGGUAACUGGCGCGGCGUAUCGGAGGAGCCGCCCUCAAUCCGAGCCACGGCGCUCGCGGAUUUUCACUCGUUAGCGUUAAGCGUUACACGACGGCUCGUGAGCGCAACACUCUACGUAGCGAGCUCCCGGGUGCGCGCAAAGCGUGCUGGAGACCGCCGCAACCGUACAGGGGGCCUCGUUAAGAUCAAAGACGUACAGGCCGCCGUAGCAUCAAUCGGCAUGCCGGAGAGCAGCCGUCAAUUCUGGGCACGAGCCGCACGCAGGCUACGGCUUGAUGUAUACGAUGACGAGCAGGACGAUGAAAGUGAAGACGUAUUAGGGAUGACAGAUCAGGAGUAUUUAUCUAGCAAUGAAGGAAACGACAAUGAAGAUAUAGAUACCGAAGUCGAAAACAUAUCUGAAAGUGACGGAAGCGGACGGGAGGAAGAAGAACCCAAUGCCCCCUCCGAAACAGACUAUAAUAGAACAGACACCUCAUCCAUCUCCGAGUCCCCCCCAAUGCCCUACGAUAAAGUCGAGACCGCCCUAGGCUUCCCCCCCAUCUCCCAUCCAACGCAAGAAUUCCCCACCGACCUCCCUGAAAUAUCCUCCAAUUCCUCCGAGCCCUCGUUCUCAGACUCAGACUCAGCUCCCGACUCCGACUCCGACUCCGACACCCAUGCCCACGCCGAUUCUGAUAUCCCCAUGAAAGACCCCUCGGAAGAAGAAGACUCCCCAGCUCUAGCCCAAGACCUCCAAGAAGCCCUCACCUACACGGCAACCUACGACCACACCACAACCGCACGCUCGCGCGACGCGCUGCGCGCCCGCAUCCGCAUGGAGCACGAACUAUGGGCGGAUGCAGAGCAUGCAGACGCGCAGGCCGCGGGUAAGGAGGAGGCGCGGUUGUGGAGGGUGGUGUAUGAUGGGAGGGGCAGGGUGAAAGUAGAGGAAGAAGACGAGCAGGAGGGUGGAGAUGAGAAGAAAGGGGAAGGGGGGCCGGAGACGGGAAGGCGGUCGGGUUUGGUGGAUCUAGGCGCGAAUUGGAGGGAUCAUAUUGAGUAUUAUAGCGAGUGGGAGGUUACGAGAGGGAAGAUAACGGUUGCGGGGGAUUCGAAUGCUAGAGGCUAA